CCGAAAAUCUCUCGUGAUUAGCGCGCGAACUCAUAAAAUAUAAUAAUAAUAAUAGAAAAAAACAAAUACACAAACACAAAAAACACAAUCUCAAAUCAAAUGCAUUCUUCUACUAGGAUUCCGUAACAUUGAAGCUUAUCAGAUCACUUCUUCUACGUUCUCCUCUCUCCCACCGGAGGUCCCUUUUUUUGCUCCUGUUACCACAAUCUUGAAAUGUCGCAAGUGCCAAGUAGGCAAGCAAACAUGGAAUCGGAAUAUGAAUGAUCGGACCAAUAGGUCCCAAAGGACCAUACCGAUCAGGGGAUUGAAGCAAGUCCCCAAUCAUCCACGACACCAAACUGGAUAAUCAAUGUGUCAGAUGUGAUGAUAAGAACGGUUAAGGUUAGCAACAUUUCACUAGCUGCUUCUGAGAGGGAUAUCAGAGAAUUCUUUUCAUUUUCGGGUGAUAUUCACUAUGUCGAAAUGCAAAGGGAAACUGAUAAGACCUGGCUUGCCUAUGUUACCUUCAAGGAUUCACAGGGAGCAGAAACAGCAGCACUCCUAUCAGGAGCUACAAUAGCUGAUCUUUCUGUCUCCAUUACACCUGUUGAGAAUUACCAGCUGCCCCCUGAAGCAAUCCCACCAAGCCCGGAGAAAAAGCCAGCUGCUACUGGCUCUGCUGUUAAGAAGGCUGAAGAUGUGGUGAGCACCAUGCUUGCUAAGGGUUUUGUCUUGGGAAAGGACGCAAUUAACAAGACUAAAGCCCUUGAUGAACGACAUCACUUGACGUCAAAUGCCUCUGCCACAGUUGCUUCCAUUGACCGUAAAAUUGGCCUGAGUGAGAAGCUAAGCAUUGGAACCACAAUAGUCAAUGAAAAGGUGAGAGAGAUGGAUGAGUGGUUCCAUGUGUCUGAGAAGACAAAAUCUGCUUUUGCUGCUGCUGAACAGAAGGCAAGCGGUGCAGGAUCUGCUAUUGUAAACAAUCAUUAUUUAUUAACUGGAGCUUCAUGGAUUUCAAGUGCAUUUGGUGCAGUUGCAAAGGCAGCUGAGGAUGUAACUAUGAUGACCAAGGAGAAGGUCGAUAAGGCUGAGGAGGAAAAAAAUGAGAUAAUUUAUAGGCAAAGGACAGGGAUCAUCAAUGAUUUUGCACAGAUGCAUCUUGACGGGUCUUCCACAGCAGAGCCUCCAAUGGUUCCGCUCAAUUCAGCUUAUGACAGUAAGCUUGGAAUGAUAUAACUGCUUUGGAUUUUCCUUUCUCCAAUACAUUUGGAUUACUUUUCAAUUUGCUGUGUGAUAUGCUUCAGUACAAAGAUUCAGUGACAUAGAUUGCCUGUUGUACAAUGGUGGGUCAUGUUAAUUGCUCUAGUGAAUUUAAAUUUUGUGGCUUGCUCCUUACAUCUCCAUUGAACUCAAAUAUAGGUAAGAAAUUAACUCAAAAAAAAAAAAAAAAUAUAUAUAUAUAUAUAUAUAUAUAUA